AUGGAAAUACUUCAACAACAACAACCACCACCUAACCAGGUCAAAGAGGAUGACGACGAUAGUCAUUCUCUUAACAAUGGUAACAUUACAAAACAACAACAAGAUGAUGAUGAUGUAUCAUCAGUAGUAACUGCAACAACAGAACAACAACAAGACGAACAAGACAAUCAAGAUGCAUAUGAUUACGAUUCAUAUGACGAAGAAGAUGAUGAUGAAUUAAACAACUCUGGUGUAUUAUAUAAAUAUUGGGUAGAGAAUGAAACAAUGCAAGAUGAUCCACCUGAACCACCUCAACAUAAAAGUAUAUCAGAGCUACACAGAGAACUAUCUAGGGAUCGUAUAUUGGCAUCGGAUGAUGAUCUUGUCAUGUUGGAGCAACGCAAAGUAAAGGAACAAGAAAAAUCUGGUGCUGUCGACACACCAUCAAAAGUUAAAUUUAAUGAUGUCAAACAAGUACUCUACUUUGAAAAACAUCCUGAAGAAGACUCUUUAGAUUCAGACUACUAUUAUCCAAAUGUACAAAACUAUUACAGUAGUGAUGACGUUGAAGAUGAUCCAUAUGCCUUUUAUCAACAACAACAACAACAAUAUCAACAACAACAACAAUUACAGCAACAACAACAACAACAAAAGUCUCACUAUGACUAUGAUGAACAAGUAGAUGACUAUGAUGACGAUGAAGAGGAAGAAGAAGAAGAAGAAGAAGAAGAUAGUUGGAGCGAUGAUGAAGAUGAAGAGGAAGAAGAAGAGGAUGAAGAAGAAUCAACAGAAGAAGAGACCAAUGGAUUGGGUAGAUCAAAGAAAAGAGAGAUCUAUGGUUAUGACAAUGUCCACAAUCAACAACAUGUUGACAGUCCUACAAACAACAAUGAUGGUUAUAACAACUUUGGUGAUCAAGAUGAAACUGAAGAUGACGACAAUAAUAGUGUUAAUAGCGUAGAAGAACAUUCAGACAAUGAAAAUGAAAAUGGAAAAGAAAAACCAUCAUUUUUCGAUCUUUCUUCAUACAAUCCAUUUGCAUCUUCAACUGCUACACUAUCUGCAUAUACAUCUCCUUCAAUAUUAGAUAGUAAUAGUAACGGUAUUAGUAGUAAUAGUGAUAAUUUAAGAAAAAGACCUGAAAUCAUAAGAUAUGUUCCAAAGUUUAAUCAUCAAAAAAUUCAACAAGACGAUGAUGAAGACAAGGAAGAAGAGGAAGAGGACGACGAUGAAGAUGAAGAAUCAACUGAUCAAGAAGUACAUGUACACUCAAAUGGUCCAUCAGAAGAAUUGGAUGAAAUGGUAGAAAGAAGAUCAGAGAUUGAAAGAACACUACAAGACUAUAGAGAAAGAAGUGAAUACGAAAGAACAAGACUUAGAGAGUGUUUUAAUCUUGCCAAACAAAAUCUUAAACAAAAAAUUGAUUUGGUGUCAAAACAAUUUAACAAUGCAAUUGUUCCAGAAGAUGCAGAUCACGAAGACUCUAUCAAGGAUGAAUUGGAAAAGGUAUUGAUUUCUCUAUCUGUAUUACAAGGUAAAAUAGAUGAUAUGGAACAUUCAUUAGUCGAAGAUGAUAAUACCAAUGACCCAUCACCUCAAUCAUUCACUCAAUCUACUACUACAAGAAAACAAAAAUUGGCCUCUAAAUCUUUGGUAACCGAAUUUAUGCAUCUUAAAGAACAAAUUGAAAAAGAAAGAAAAGAAAAGAUUGCAAGAGAUAAGGAAUUGGAAGAUAUCACCAAACAUUUAUUAGAAAUGGCUUUACAAGUUUCAAAUACUAUAUUUACUCUACCCCAUGAAAAUCAACAACCAUCAUCUCAAAAAGACUCUUCUAUUGUACCUCUAUUGAAUGGUCAACAAGUAAAUAAUAGAGAUGGAUCUUUGGAAAUUGAAUUUUAUAGAAAUCAAGUAAAAUUACUUGAAGAAAGAUUAAACAUUUGGAAACAUCAUAAUGAAAUGUUACAUAUGCAAUUAUUGAUGGACAAGCAAACCAAUUCACAAGAGUUUAGUAAUCUAUCACUAAAGAUUCAAAAGGUUGAAGAAGAAAGAGACAAGUUGUGCCUUCGUAUUGAUAAUUUGGUACAAGAACUUGGUAUGAUGGAAGGUAGAGAAUCUAUGUUGUCUAUUAUGAUUGAAAACCUAAUGAACGAUAAGGAAUCACUCUCUGAAACCAUCUUUGAAAUGAACAAGGAACGAGAGUUGAUCACCAGUCGUUUCAGUCAACUACUUUUGGAGUUGAAGGAAAUGGGCGAAAAUCAAGUAAACAAGCUGCAGGUCAUCGUUAAUGAACUCAUUCGUGAAAGAGAAACUCUCGAGAAUGACAUUUCAAAGAUUACCGCCGACAGAAACAAUCUCAUUGGCGAUCUCGGAUCGUUGCAUAUUCAAAUAUCGUCACUUGAAAAGGAUAAAACAACAGUCUCUGACCAAUACAGAUCAAGUGAAGAGAAUAACAACCGACUACUCGUUCAAACACAAGAAACUAUCAAAAAAUUAGAGACAAGCGAGAUCAAAUGCACUCAUCUCCAAAAUCAGCUGCACAUUGUAAACAGACGUCUAAGUUGGGCAGAGAGUGAAGUUGAAAGGUUGACCAAGGAAAUGAAUAGACUAUCGCUGGUCAAUGAUGACAAUGAUGAAUCGUCCUUGCAACAAGAUGAUCAAAGCCUAGUAAACAAUUCAAACAAUAGUGAAAAGAUAAAGAGUGCAUUGGAAAAUAUUAGAGAAAAUGUAUUAAAGAUGAAAAACACAUUGCUCAAGGAAAAAACUGAAAUCUUACAAUUGGACUCUGAUUUGGCUCAUGUUGUUGAUAAAGGAAAGGUCGAUUCAACCAAAACCAUUUCAUCACUCAAAGAUUACAUUCUCAGAGAGGUUGAAGUUACAAAGAAUGAAAUCUCAAACAAGUUACAAUCAAUCAACAAUGAUCAACAAAUCGCUCCAGCCGACUUGUUGACAACAAAUGAAAUUCUACUAGUAGAAAUGGAAUAUCAAAAGGCCAAACUAAAUGAAAUGCAAGCAAAGAUUACAAAACUCGAAACUCAAAUCCAAGAAAUGUCAAAUGACAAUAAUGGCUAUCUUGGAGAUCAAGUUGGUCAACUCAUGCGAAUGGAAUGUAAAAUUAGAAAAAUGGAAGCAGGUAUCUCUGAACUCUACAAUGUUGACUACAAGUCACCUCCUAUUCCUCCUCCAGCUGCCACAACCUCUACUACAACCACCACCACUGUCACUCAUCACUAUCUAUCACCUGUCCUAACUCCAACCAAACAACAAAACUCAACCGAUGACAUUCCACAACACGAGAACAAUUUAAUUUCACAUGAUACUAUUGAAACACCACUACCAGAAAAUGAUAUCGAUCAACAUACUAAUAAUAAUAUUAAUAACGACAACAACAAUAAUAAUAAUAAUAAUAAUAAUAUUGGAGGCAUAUUAAAGGAAUCCAUGGUAUUUGGAGGAAGUGCUUUCCUUUCUUCAUUGUUGUUUGCCUUUUUCAACAGUGAAAAGGGUGGAAAAUUAUCAAGCCAAACUGUAUUAUCAAUGUUUAAAAAGAGUGGAAUCUAUGGUUUUGGUGUCAUAGCAUUAACCGGUUCACUUUUAUUGGUUUCUCCCAUCGUUGGCAACGAUGAAACCAAAUCAUCAUCUACCACUAUCACCACCAAACCAACAACAAAAAUGAAUGGCAAAGAAAUUGUGGCCUCACUUUCAACAGGGGCUGUUAUUUGUGCCAGUGUACUAUACGGUAAACAUAGAAAUAUGGAUUAUCUUUUAAUGGGAUCUACAAUUGGUUUAGCAUUGGGUUCCUUAUCUUGCUUGUUAACAAGUAAACUAAAACAACAAAACAAUAACAAAUAA